AGAGUGGAACAAGCCUCUGAGUAUGCCGUCUCUGAAGCUUUUACCCUUCGAAAGUCAAGGUAUCGACAGGGGUCUUGUGGUCCUGUGACAAGUUUGGAAACCAUGGAACAGCUGCAAGAUCAUGAUGAGGCCUGUGAGGAAGCCCGAGAGCUGCUCAGUAACUGGAUGAAGUCCAAACUGCAAGUGGAGCUGACGAACGAUGGAGAAGAGGAAGUUGACUCUGUCCUCCUGGAAAAGCCUUCUGCAGCCCCUCUGAAGUAUGAGCGGUUUGAUGACUUGUGCAGCAAUCUGGAACGUGAAUUGGAAAGUUCUACUGUCCAAGAAUACCUACAGCAUCUUUUGCAGAGUGAAGCUGUGAACUGUGGGAUAGCGAAAAACCUUAGGCUUGAAGACAUCAAGGAAAAACAAAAACUUGAAGAUCCACGAAUAAUCAUGGAGCUCAGACACAAGCAGGUAAAAGAAAACCGAAUGAGGCGUCAAAAGGCAUUAGAGCUUCAGAGACAAGAAAAAUUCCUGAAGAAAUCAAUUCUGGCUGAGGCCAAGCUGCAAGCACAGGAGGAAGACAGAAGGAAAGCCCUGAAGGCCAAGAAGGAGGAGGAGGAGAUACAGAGGGAAAUGGUGAAGCUGCGAAAGGAAAUGGCUGAGAAGAGGCACACCAUGGCAGAAGCACGGAGAAUGGAGGGGAAGACACAAGAAAAGAGUCAGAAGCUGUCAAUGCAGGAGGUAUCUGUUACUGCACCACUACCCCUGGUCCAGAAGAAGGAAGAGCAAGAAGAGGAGAAACAGAGAAGGGUUCAGGAGCUGCUGCGCAGGAUUCACAUCAAUAAACAGAGAUGCAUGCAACGACAUUUCUCUGCUUGGCUAAAAGUCAUUCUGGAGCAGAGAAUUAAAAUGAGAAAAGCCAGAGCCCUUGAUGACUGGAAAUGCCAACUGAAGGCCCUGCGAGCAUGGAGAAACUAUGCCUGGGCCGAGAAAUUAGAGCAGGAGACACAGCAAUUGGAAGUUCAUCUUCAAGAUCAAAACAGGAAAACACAAUUGUCUGUGGAGCAUAACCAGCGACGGCUUUUGCGCUGCUGCUUUCUGGCCUGGCAGCGCUGGAGCCAGGCAGAGACAGAAAAGCGAGAGCGGCAGAUCGAGAGGGAGGAGACGAAGAGAAAGAUGGCACAGCUGCUGGAGGCAGUGUCACAGGGGAAAGGCAGUCUGCACGGGCCACUGGAGGUUAACAAGCCUGGGACAGCAGAAGUAAACCAUCAUCAAGAGUUACAGAAAGACAAGCCAACUGAAACUUGCCUCAUACAGAAAGAACCUGACCAGACCAGAGACCACUCUUGUCGGAAUGCUGCUCACACACCUCAUUCCUACAGAAAACCCAAAUUUGCCUGGGAGAUUACUCUAAAACAUGCAGCCCUAACUGCCCAGGACCAGGCUGUGUGCAGGAAUCGAAUAGCUGCUCUCCCCCAGAAGUUUCACACACCUGGUCCAAAGACAGCUCCUGCUUAUGGUAGCUGUUUUGAGCACCGUCAUGCCUUCCAACAACGGCUGAUUGAGGAGCAGAAGCAACAGCUUCAGAAACAGCAAGAGCUGAUCCUUGAACUACAGGAAAAUCAGAGGCUGAGCAGAGUGAAAGAAGAGGCAGCACAAGCUACGGCUGUAACCCAGCAGCUUAACAACUCUGCUUCACAAACUGGGAAGGAAAAACCAAAGACAGAAAACCAAUCCAGGUGCAAGAAUAUAACCCAUUUGAGUUCAUCUGUUUCUCAUGGGCCAGAAAACACAAGGGCAGCGAUGCAAGGCAGGAGGCCCUCCAGCCAGCUGACAGCUCAUCCCAUACUGAAAGCUAUGGAGGAGAGAGCAACUCAACGGGCAGAACGGAGGAGGAAACUAGAAGAAGCCAAACAACGAAGAGAAGAGGAAAAAUUGGCCCAGCUGAAGGCUAAAGAGGAAGAAAGACAGAGAAAGGAGGCGGAAGAAAAGGAAGCUCAGAAGGAAAAACGACGGGAGGAGAGAAGGCAGCAGAAGCUGAAAGAGUUGGAGAAGCAGAAGAGGCUGGAGAAAGAGCAGCAGCUCCAGAGAAAGGCCAGAGAUCACUAUGAGAAGGUCCUGCUAAGAAAGCUGGGAAUGGUUCCAUGGAAAAGGCUGAGGGAGCAAGCCAAGGAAAACCUAAUGGUGGCACAAAGGCACCACUGCUUAAGCCUGCAGAGGAAAUGCCUGGUGACUUGGCUCCAGCACACCCAGGAGACCCUCAUGGAGAAGGUGUCUCGGGCUGAGGACUUCUAUUGCCGUAUGUUGCUGAGACAGGGCUUCAGGAACUGGCUAAAGUAUCAGGAUUAUCUCUCCACUCUGGAGGACAGAGCGAGUACCUUCCAUGCAGCCUGCCUCAUGAAGAAGUACUUCUGGGCAUGGUUUGAUCUGGUCAUGGAGGAAAAAAGCACCUUAUGGGAGAAGCUGAAGAUCACUACCGAACAUAGUAACAAGAGACUCCUGCUGAAUGCAUUCAAGGCGUGGAGGCAGUACCCAUUACUGAUGGAAAAGGAAAGAGAGAGAGAGGAAAGGAGAAACCAACUACGCAGGAGAGUAGCUGAAAUUCUCCCCGACUUCCUAACAUGACAGAAGAAAGCCAAAGGGGACACGGUUCUCUUCUGUGUUACCUUCCUACUGACUGAAACAAAUCCGAGGGGAAGUCCUGCCCAGUGCAAAGGGCCUUACAGCCACAGGAAGCUCCCUGAGGCCCCUGCUGUGGUAAACCAAGCCUAUACAGAAACUUACCUGACAGUUUCACUUUGCACUUCAAGAGAUUAUUCCCCACAAGGUGCUCCUUGUGUGAAGUCCCUGUGGGGCCAGACCGUUUCUACAAGCAGAGCUGCAGCACUGACACAAAUCCUCCUCCAUCACAGGAAGCACAGAACUGAGCUGCACCUAUUUUUCCUUAAGCAGUGCCCUGGUGCUUUUCUGUUGCCAGUACUCUGUAGGGGGACACAGCUUGAUCAGAGAGGGAACAGACCUGACAGUCAGCUGACCCCUACCCACUACUGCAAACUUGGCCAUCCUGAGAACAGUUUCUAGCUGACUGUGCCAGGGAAGUUUGGAUGGGAGGAGGAGAGGGAAGAGCUAUUUAUGCAUGUCAUAUUUGCUAACGGUCCAGAUCACAGCAUCGCAUACAGGCAAUCUAAAACUUGGAUUCUUUUUCAAGGGACUGCCUAGUUCACAGCACUGGCCAGCUCACAAGCACAGUGUUUUGACUGUGGUGAGACGUGGGGAUUCCAAGUUUCUGAGCCUCUAUCUUUUUGGCAUUUAAAGAUUUCCCAAAGCCGGUUAACUGUAAGGACGUAUUGUGCAAAUCUGUUUGGGCCUUUUCACUUGAUCCAAGACUUCAAAAAAAACCAGAAAUCCAAGAAAAAGGCAGACUGUAUUUUUACAUAAGCUAAAGCUGACAUGAUUAAAACGAAAGUUUCUUCUCACUGUUUAACUGUAACCUGCAGCACAGUGCAGACAGGGUAAUGCCAUUAAGGUACAGUACGCCUUGUCUUAGCAACAGCAUAAGGCAGGAAUCUGGAAUUGCUUCCCCCUCACAACAAGAUAGGCAAAGUUCUCUCCAAAAGCGUUUGGCAGUACAGGGAGCACUUGGGUAACGCCAGGAAGAAGACAGUUUACUGUUAUCCAUUAUAGCAGAUAAUUUUAAAAACCUGUAUACGCCUUGAAAGUUUCCAAUAA